AUGGGAGAGAAGCCGACUAGUUUGGUCUUCCCGAGGCUUUUCUCUCUGUGUGUCAAUAAAAAUGCUUCCAUUGAGGAGUCAGGGAGGUGGGCGGGAGGAACGUGGGUCUGGGAGUUUCAAUGGAGGAGGGAGUUGUUUGAGUGGGAGAAGGAAAUGGCUAACGCCUUAACUGUUUUUAUUUCCGAAUGUGUUCCAAAUGCAGGUAAGAAGGAUGAGUGGAGGUGGAAGAGAUCCAAGGAUGGAAGGUUUUCAACUAAAUCUGCUUUUGAGACUUUUAUGGAGUCUCGAAACGUGCCGCCUUCAGAUCCUGAGUCAAAUACUCUGCUUGCAAAAGUUUGGGAUGCUCCGACUCCACACAAGGUGCAAGUGACAGCCUGGAGAUGCUUAAGAAAUCGGCUGGCGACUUGUGAUAAUCUUGUUAAAAGGAAGGUGGGGUUGGAGGAGGGAGAGGAAUGGUGUAACGGAUGCAUUUGGAGAACUGAGACGGCGGACCACCUGUUUCUCCUUUGUCCGAAAGCUCAGCAGGUGUGGGAUGCUCUUGAGAGGUGGAUGGUGUAUAGCUCGGCGAGUCCGAGCACUAUUACUCAGCAUUUUACUCUUUUCAUCAAUCGUGGAAGAGGGAAAAGAACUGAAAAUCUCCUCAAAGCCUUAUGGAUGUGCACAAUUUGGCUUUUGUGGAAACGAAGGAACGAAAGUCGUUUUGAAGGGAAAGUUUGGGAGGUGCAAAACCUGAUUGCGGAGAUUAAAGGUAGAGUGUGGAGUUGGCUUGUCAUUUUCAAUGGACUUGAUACGGAUGUUAGUUUCCAAGUGUGGUGCUCUAGGGAGUUCUCACUUUCUUCUUAUUUCAAUUUGUAG